CAACUUUUAGUUAUACUAUUUUACUCCUCAAAUGGCUCCUCUUUUGCUUCUUCAGGGUGAUGAACUAAGGAAACUUGCAAGAAUAGUUCGGAACCAAGAGGUUGAAAUAUUAGGGAAUCUCAAUUUCCCAUCCGAACAAGAACAAGCCAAAUAUUUGAGAAAUGUGGGAGAUAAUUACCAUGCAACGCUAAAGCUUUUGGAUGAUGCAGAUGGCGUCAAACAAAUGUUCAAAGACGACGAAACUAAAUCGUCAAUUGCUCAUGAAUCGUAUUCCUACGUGGAAAAAGCUGUUAACAUCUCGCUUCAAGCAGUAAGAAACUAUGCACUGCGAACAAACUAUCUAUCAAAGAUCGACGCGCACUCGAAAGACAUUUUUGAAGCAUUAAAAACCUUAGAUCCAGAGAAUGUAACCAAUGUGGCUCGUUUAGCCAAGGAGGCUAAUCAAUAUAAUGAGAGUAUGCAACAAGUCAUGCUAAACCAUCAAAGUCCAGCAUCACGCAACUUUUCCAAAUGGCUAAAAGAUAGUGGAACUAAGUUUGAAGAUCUUAUCACAAGGUACCAAAAUAAGCGUGGCUUUUCAGGGCUUUUCAAGAAUUUGGCAGAUGAAGAAAAAUUGCUGGUGUAUAACGACAUCAUUGUGGCUUCUGGGCGAGGAAGUGUGGUAGCAGACACGUUAUCAACGAUCUCUGGUGUAGCGGGCAUUUUGUUUCUCAUCCUCGCAGCUGGAGUAAUUGUAUGGGACAUCUUUACAGCUGAACAUGUUCUCCAAACAGCAACAAAAGAUGUGAUGAUGACUGUUGCAACAGUGGGUGGGGCAAUGGUUGGACAAGUUGUGGGAGCUGCUUUGCCAACUUUAGCUGGUGUUGAAGCUUCUGCUCUAUUUUUGAUGGCCACUGCAGUCAUAGGUAGCAUUGUCGGAGCUUUUGUAGUAGGUGCCUUUGUUGGUUGGUUGGUUGAUCAUAUCUUUAGCUCCGGAGGGCAUUAUUCCCACGAAACUGAUAGCCACACUUGCUAUGUCGCCCCAUUGCCUGAUGGUGAGGCCAUCGCACGUCAAAUUGUUCACCAGUAGAACUCUAUGCUUAUUGCAUGCGUCUCCACGUCAAAUAAGUUGAAAACAAUACUGCUUUCAAGUUAAUUUAUAUCAAUAAGGUUGGGUUUUAUACCCUAAACUCAUGGGUUUGUAAAAAUAAAUAAAUUUCUAAUUAUUAAUAAAAUAUUUGUUAUUUUAUUCUA